AUGGCCUCCCCGUUUGAGUUCGAUGGUGCCCAGAACUCAGCUCUCUCCUUCGAUCCCAAGAAGCUGGAGUCGUCGUCACAGCUCUGGUCAGGUUACCAUCCAAACAUCAACGUGCUCACCACCAGUUUUGAAGACUCCACGCCGACGAACAUCACGGCGCUGGUCGGAGACUCUGCCUUUCUCCCCUGCACCGUCUUCCACCUUGGUGACAGAUCCGUGACGUGGAUGAGGAAACGAGACCUACACAUCUUGACUGCCGGCAUUUAUACCUACUCUGCUGAUGAGAGGUUCAUGGUUCUUCACCCUGAGAACUCCAACGACUGGACCCUGCACAUCAAGUUCGCCACGCUUCGGGAUUCCGGGGUGUACGAAUGCCAGGUGAACUCAGACCCGAAGAUCAGCCGCACUGUUUUCCUCAACGUUAUAGAGAACCAGCUGGACGACCCAGGACCUUAUGGUAUCGCCGUCACCGACACACGUUUCCCCGACUAUAAGUUUGACUACGAUGAAAGACUAAGAACGUACAAGAAGACCAAGAGGAUCAAGGUGCCCGUGGUGUUGAUCGAGGGGCCUCAGGAGCGGCACAUCCAGAGGGGCAGCAUCCUCGGUAUCACCUGUGUAGUUCGCCACGCGCCACAAGAAGCUCCUGAAAACAUCCUUUGGUUCCACGGGGCGCUCAGUAUCGACUACGACUCUCCCAGGGGCGGCGUGUCCAUCCAGACGGAAAAAUCUUUGACGAAAACAGUGAGUAAACUGAUGCUUUCCGCCGUGGACCAAAGUGACACAGGCGAGUACAGCUGUAGCCCCACCGCCCUGGAGCCCGCUGAGAUCACCGUACACGUGCAAGACGGUCAGAUCCAGCAACCAGUAAAGCAAGGCCUGGGCUUCAGCAAAGCUCCGCGCUGCGCCGCCUCCUAUAGCAUCCUCCUGCUUCUGGCGACUCUAAUACAGCUCUACACCAGCGAAUGGAGUCUACUUGAUUAAGGGCCUUGGAACGCCCCGCCCCACGAUAUACUGAUUCAAGAUAGAUGGACGAAAACCUCCACCAAACCUUCUUGCAGACACUACAACAUUUGGGAUCCUGACACGUGAAUGGCAUUUUUCUUCAGUUGUUUGAACCGUUUAAAACUCACUGUGUGUUUCACUAAAACUGAUUUUUCACGUGUCUCAGCGUGCAAGGAUGUCCACACGAGAUUGUGACAACACCUUACUGAGGUUGUAGCCUCCCGCGAACGGUAACUCUUGAUUGUAACAUGUUUGGGAUUUCCUGUGGAUGGAUGUGCAAAGAUAUAAGAUAUGUUAUAGUUCAGGAUUAAUAUUUUGAGGUCAUAAUGGAUAUAUGACUGGAUUUAAAUCAUUGAAAAAAUUGUCACGCCUACAUGAUCUGCUUUAACCGUCUCAGAAUCAACAUGUAUCAACAGAUGACAGUAUUAUUAGGAGCUGUAACCGCCAUUAAGAGCUCUAUUUAAUCUGACCCAAAGUGAUACCUCCAGUAGUGCAGAUUUUAAAAAAGAUGAGCGAGGUCGAAGUUAUGUAGUGAAAACUAUGAUUUUUUUUUUUUUUUCGUCUGUGUCAUUGUGUUCUGAAGACAUCAAAGAAUGAACAAAAAAUAAGUUCAUACCAGAAGUAACAAUUGAGUACAAGUGAAAGCAACUAACGGCUCGCCAUUCAGGUUAUUAAUCACGUAAGCUGUUUGUUUUAGGUCAAGUAGGGUCACGACGCACCAUUCCCUUGAAGAAAGUGUUGUGCUUAUUCUGAUUUUCCCUAUGUUAGUUUCUGCAACGUUUGUGGUCGUGUAUUUCUUUUUUCUUUUUUUUUUUCCAAGUCUCGCCCUUUUCGUACAAUAUCUCAGGUGUUUGAAACCACUGGCAACAUUCCUCUCCUGCAUCUUGUGAUCCCUUUAAAACCACUGCUGGUGAAUCAGGAAUAUUUUUUAUCAAAGUGCUGUUUACCGUGUAAUAUUCAUCCUGUUGACUGGAAAGUAACAUGUUGAGCUUUUUAGACAAAAUUCAUGUUCAUUUUAGUCUCCACGAAAAUAAUCUUUCAUCAUUUAUAUUUACUUUCUUUAGUUUUGUAUCAGUUUUAUCUUUAGGAUGUUCAGAACACCAUGACACAAUGUGCUUAUCGUAUUUAAGCACUAAAUAAUGUACUGUAUAAUAACGUCAAUUUGGGAACACCGAACAUGUUAGUCUUCAUGUUCUGAAUUAUAUAAGUGAAAUUUUCGUUAACAAAAUUUAUUCUAUUGUCAACACAUUCGAUUUCUUUGCACCUGGUCACCGUUGCAUUUAUGACCUAAACUUUAAACAGGAACAUUCUCAUCCGCACCUACCUCAGGACGAAAGAAGCGAAGCGGUAGGCAGGAUUUAUUUAGCCAAAGAUAAAUGUUGAGUCAUAUUUCGUAUAUCUCAGCUUCAUCACUCAUCAUGUAUAAGAAAUUCAGGAUUCAAUAUCAUUCUUUUUCUUUAUGUAAGAGGGGCACUGACCAGGGGCAAAAAAAAGAAUGAGAAAAAAAAAUCAUUUAUUAAGGUGCCAGUUCCAAUAGAAAGGUGAAAAAUGAUAAUCCAGAAUUGAAGGAUAAGUGUUUAAAAACAUUAGUAUAUAUUAGUUGCUUGUCAUAUUGUGUCAGAUACCAUGUAACACUAGUCUUUGCACAGCCAACCACGGAGACGUUCAAGAUCGAAGUAAAUAAAGAAUGAAGGCCACGGCAUGUCAAGGACUGUGGUUAUUACAGUAACACACAUUCUGAAUUCCUAUCGCCAUACAGUCUAAAGGUGUGAAAACAUGUACGCUUUAUAAGUGUCAUUAAUUUUGUUUCACACACCAUCAUUGUGGUCUUGCUCUUCUCGUAUGAAUUUGGUUUUGGUCGUGGUAUUUUUCUUUCUGGCGCAGGUUGUACACAUCAAGCCGGGUUAAUUAAGCAGCCGUGUGCUAUUCGGAGCCGUCGUUCAUCUACCUUGUAAGUCUUUAUAUGGUGCCACCUCCUAUAGCUUAGUUUGUGUUCUCAGGGUCAAAUACUGACAAAUAUUAAGUAUGUAAGCAGUAGGCUAUGUGUUCAAGAUGGUGAAGGAAUCUUAACUGGCCACACGUGUGUUUACGAAGACGUAUUUUUCUGAAUACAUAUAAAAGACUGAAACUCAAAUACUUAGCAUGUACAUUAAUAGGCGAGUGUUGCCUGGCGGAUGGUUUCUGUUCCGCAGAGGGGAAGUCUCGUCUGCUGCGGUCUGAUGGUGGCGUCAAGAAAGUGGUCAUAACAGUAUCCGAUUUUGUUUUUAUUCGUUUAUUUAUUUGUUUAUUCUGUUGUCGAGGUGUUGUCUUCACAGUCAGCAGUGCUCAUUGGCUCCACGAUAGAAUUUUAUUUCCAUUUGCAGGCGAAGAUGAAAUUUGUCAGCUCUUGAUUGAUCCAUUUUUGUGUACGUUCCGAUAUGGUACGAUAGUGAUGAUGAUGGCUGUGGUGGUGGUGGUGGUGAUGGUGAUGCCUACUCCUAUAAUCAUAUUACCUUUUUACAAGGAAUUUAGAUCAGUCACAUUUCGGACGUGUAAUUGUAAUGUCUUUUGUAUGAGAUUCAAGACUUUUUCACGAAAGCCUAAUAAACAUCAUGGUCUACAUUUGCAUUCAAAAGAGAGGAACUGGCUGUAGGGAAGCUGGACGAGAAGGAAGGUGAAAUACGCCCUGCCAACAGUCCAACCUUUACCCCCACCAUUGCUCAUCAUCGGAGGGCAUCACUGACUGACACGCUUCCCUAAAAUACUACAUUGUAUGAAAACUGCUCACUCGACUUUUACAGAAUGUUUGUAAUGAAAAAAAUAGUUGUAAAAUUGUAAAAGUUAGUUUCAGUUGUUUUUAAAAAUCUCAAUAAACCAACUCGAAGCAAAUGAAUCGCCAAACUUGUAGGUUUUUAGAAGUGGAGAGUGUAGUCAGCCACAUCAGCUUGUCGACAUAAGUAUGAGGACCACAUUCUGAAGCACUUCUGCGCCAAAUCUCCACUACAUUCAAAAGGCUGUAGUUGAAGGUACACGGGUUGUUUAAGAGUGUUUUUUAGGGUUCUAGUGUCAGACUAACAAGAUUUCUACAUUAUUAACAGGAGAAACACUCUUAAGAACCCGGCUAUUCGGCUCAAUGGCCUUGGAAAAUAGUCGUGGUGAGAGCAAAGAGUCUCUGAAUACAGGCCUUUGUGUGGAAGUGUUAUGACAAGUCCGUGGCGUCACCAGGCCAGCUCGGAGCUCCAGCAGCAAGUGGUGGCCGCGGAUGAACCGCCGCCUCAUCAACUGUCCAUUUCAUAUUUUACUGAAGACGCCUCAACAUACUGUAUAUUGCAGUUCGUGCUGCAGUUAUGUCGUAGCAUUUAGAAAGCGAAAAAUGUGUAUAUUUUUAUUAUAUAAAUCUAUAUUAUAAAAUUUGUACUGUAAAAUAUAAACUUGGGUCAGGUCCUCCCAUUAUGUAGCUCCCUUACUGGACCCUUUCUUGGUACGCAGCUCUUCUUCUUCUUCUUCUUCUUCUUCUUCUUCUUCUUCUUCUUCUUCUUCUUCUUCUUCACAGACACCUAAUCACGUUUUUCCACAGUCGUAACAAUAGUAUUGAUUUUUUUUCCCUAUCUCGGGGUAGUUGCAUUUCAAACUGUUAGCCAUUUACAUUAUUUUUAACGCAACAUCUAUGUAUUUGUAAUUAUCUGAUGUUUAUGUUUGUACCACUAAUGAUAAUACUAUUCUAGUGCUUAAGUCCUGCCAGAGGAGAGAGCAUCAGGGCAGCGGGAAGCACCAGGGAAUUCACCGCAGCUUCUUUGUCAUGCCUCAGCCUUUUAAUCUUGGUCUGGGCAGGACAUUUACUCGAAUAAACCUGAUUUAAAUAAUUUCACACUCCGCAUUCUGCAAGUCAGUCAUCCGCACCUUGGUUCCGUUCAGAUAUAGCACCUUAAUGUCACUCAUGUAUCUGACUUCCAUGUUUCACUAUUAAAAAGAUACAUUUUGUAAAGUACGAUCUAAUGUGUAAGCGCUGGUAUAUACGUUGUAGCGUAGUAUAAUCAUGUAAUGGUGAGAGUAGUCUACUUUAAGAUUCAAAAAAAGAAAAAAAAAAUGUUUUCAAGACCGACAAUAACCUUCUCUGUGUGUAACCCUGUUGGGAAGACCUCGCCGGCAGCAGGUCUUCUUUGUUGCGAACCGUCUGAGUGAGCUGAAGUGUCAGGGAGGCUCGGGGCGCUGCCUGCGAACAUGCCAAGAGACCCUCAAAGCAUCGCCACAAAAUCCCAUCACAGCACCCAAUCCUUCUGCCUAGCGAGUCUCAAAAACACCUUCGGUUACUUUUGCUCCUUUCACUCAAAACUUGAAUCACUCUAAUGUAAACAAAAUAAACAAGUCAAGAAGUAAUCCUUUAAUACAAACACUGAAUAACCUAAGUAUGAUGACAAGUAUUGCAUUGAGAACGUCGGUGUUGCAUCACAAGCCCACGCAAAUACCAACAGUUCUCUAUUAUUCAUUUUGUAGUAAAAUUCAUGGUGGGAUGGCUAAGAACUAAAGCUUCCACCCACUCCUUAAUUUCCCACAAUCCCGUCAUGACACCCACAAGACAAACUGUAAAUAUGUACCUAGAAAAUUUGUUUGCUCAAGAUCGUUUCCAUACAAAGUGAAGAUAAUAGUUAAUAGUUAUGGAAAAACAGCUUAUCCAUAGUCAUCGUGGUGCUUCAGGAGUCCACAUGACUGUACAUAUGAGUGUUGUUGGGUGUGCAAAUAAGAUGCAUCCCUCAGUACAGAUACUCAUGUGUAGGGAGUUACAAAGGAGCUGUUGGCGCUGAAUCGGUCGUUGGCGAUUGAAAGGGUUUCGUCUGAUUGGCUUCAUGUAUUGAUGAUGCGUGCUGAAACACUGAGGCAGAGCUACCGAUUGUAAGGAAAGAUGUAUUAAUAACUACCUGGAAUGUUGGCGGACGUAACUUACCUGUUUAUAUAAGGAAAGUACGGUCAAUAUAUUUUCAGACAUGUUGCUGAAGUGUGCCUCCAGUAUGGAUUUGAACUUUGUUGGCAUAAUAAAAAUGAAAAAAAAAAAUUAUUAUACUGCCAAUUUUGUAUAUGUGAGCGUCUACAUACAUUAUAUAUCACUCCACGCAUUUCUUCAUUAGAAAAAUUAAAUUCUAUACAUAGCAUUCUAUGAUUAGAAUUUUAGAUAUCCUAACAGGUAUGCCUGGCCAGCCAACAAACGGCAGCACUUCCCAAUUUAUUUUCAUGCCGUGUCUCAAAUUGGCCGUCACCAUUUCUAUUACAUUAAUAUACAAACUGAAAAUAAAAAAAAAAAAAAACCGGGAUGACGGAAGUUAAGUGAAUGUAAGAGGAACAUUCAUUUUGUUAUGUGUUCAUGAGUCUCACUGGCAAAGAGACACCUGACGAUCGCGCCUCAGCUGCACACCAUAACAGACGAGCAGCACAUGCCAGGGUCAGUCUGCAAUGGUCGUCGACUGCACUGUUCAUGGUCGCUUCGUUCCGUCGAUCAGCAAGUAUAAGGUUUUGGAGGCGGGCUUGAAACUUUGUAAUUGUCAAGAGUGUUCACUGAUUGUAAUAAAUAUUUUUCUAAA